AUGCGUGCUUCCUCUCUCCUUUCCCUCCUGCUGGCCGCCGCCCCGGCUCUGGUCUCUGCGAAGGGUACCCUGGGUUUCUCGCUUGGUGACAAGAAUGCCGACGGUACUUGCAAGUCCACCAGCGAUUAUGAAGCUGAUUUCGAUGCCCUGAAGGGCCUGUCCACUCUCGUCCGUACCUACUCCGGCACGGAGUGCCAUGCCCCUCAAAACAUCCUGCCUGCCGCCAAGAACAAGGGUUUCAAGGUCGUUUUGGGCAUGUGGGUUGGUAAGCCCACCGAUAAGGACAACCUGUUGGAGGAGCCUUCCUUCAAGGCCGAUUGGGCCGCGAUUCAGAAGGCCAUCCCCGGAAAUGAGGACGCCAUUCACGCCAUCACUGUUGGCUCUGAAACUCUCUACCGCGGCGACUUGACCGGACCUCAGCUCCACACAUAUAUCAGCCACGUUAUGAAAGGUGUUCCCAAGGGUGUCCUUGUCGGCACCGCUGACAGCUGGAACAAGUUCGCCGAUGGUACUGCCGAUGCCCUCUUCACCCAGGAGCCUAUCGUCACCUACGUUCUGAGCAACGCUUUCGCUUACUGGCAAGGAACCGCCGCCGACAAGGCUUACAAGACCUACUUCGACGACAUGGCUGGUGCGAUGGAGCACAUCCAGAAGGUUGCCGGUGACAACGCCGAUAAGAUCAACAUUGUCAACGGCGAGACUGGCUGGCCUACCGAUGGCGGUUCGGACUACGAAGAUGCCAAGGCGGGUACCAAGAAUGCUGAAAAGUUCUGGAAGACCGGUAUCUGCGGUAUGCUCGACUGGGGUGUCGAUCUGUUCUACUUCGAGGCCUUUGACGAGUCCUGGAAGCCCGAUAGUAAGGGUGACAACGGCGAGCUUAAGGAUGAGAAGCACUGGGGUCUCUUCACUGCGGACCGCAAGUCCAAGUUCGACACCUCUUGCCCUAAAUAG